ACAAACAAACUACAAAAAGUAGCUUUUUAUUGUGUUGUAUUUCGGUCACAGAUGUUUCACUUAAAGUCUAUGAACCAUGAAAGGCAGCAUGUCAGAAUAAACUUGAAGGAGUGAACAUUACUUUUUUGAAACUGUUAGAUGUUGCAGUGGAAUACCACACAGUGAUGCGAUCAAAUACAACAAAACACACAGCACAAAGCUCCUCGCUUCACCCCACAAAAAGAACCCCUCACACAUUUCUCACCUCAUCGCUUGUUUCAGCGGGAACAAAUCGAAGCGUUGGCGGCGGGUUGAAACAGGAAGUGGUCACGGCUCUGAGGACGCAUAGAGACAAGCUGUUGGCGGAAGAGAAGAAAAAGAUCCGCAGACCGUCUGCGGCUCAGUUGAGAUCGGCCACAGGCAGGAGGGGCAGGGAGGUGCUUCAAGCGGCGAGCAGCCACCCGAAUGCCUCAGGCUUGCUGUGUACCAUCGACGAGUCUUACAAGUAUGUCUUCUUGCCGCUGUGCUACUCCAUAACCUUCCUGUUGAGUCUCACUCUCAACUCCGUGGUUCUGAUGCGCUCCUGUCGGCGGCCGAGAAGUCAGCGCUGGAACACCUCGCUCAUCUACAUGGUGAACCUCGCCACCACUGACCUCAUGUACGGCCUCUCACUCCCGCUGCUGGUGGCAAGCUACAUACUCAAAGACCGCUGGCUUUUCGGUGACUUCACGUGUCGUCUGGUCCGCUUCCUGUUCUACUUCAACCUUUACUGCUCCAUCUUCUUCCUCACCUGCAUCUCCAUACACAGGUAUCUGGGCAUCUGCCACCCGAUGAGAACCAUCACCUUGGAGAGCAGGCGAGCUGUGAGAGGCACCUGUGCCACUGUCUGGGCAAUUGUCUUCAUCCUCACCAGUCCCAUCUUCCGCUUUGCACAGACAGGCUUUGUGCUACAAGGAACUGUGGAUGGCACCGGAUUACAGGAGUUCUGGGACAACAAAACUCUACCUGGGAAAGGGUACAUCAACUGCUGGGACGACGCCAUCGACCGGGAAUUUGCCGACUAUGUUCCAUAUGGGAUCGUCCUGCACGUGCUGGGCUUUUUCUUGCCUUUCUUGGUGAUUGCCUGGUGCUACACUCAGGUUAUCCGGACGAUAUUUCAAACCAUGCGUUCGUCUCAGAGCCCCUCACUAGAAGGAGAGGAUGGACCGGUUGGUCCUGAGGCUUCAGAGGAAGGUAAAGAACGUGACAGAACCUCAGUGUCGAUCUCUGGUUCUCAGUAUUCGCACUACAUUCGCCGGCGGAGGAAAUCAAUCAAAACCAUCCUUACGAUCACGCUAUUGUUUGCCCUCUGCUUCCUGCCAUUCCAUGUGACCCGAACGGUCUUUCUGCUGCUGCGACGUGGCGGACUUGAAGGACGUGGUGGGAUGAAAGGCUGCAGCGCCAUCAAGACUGUCUCCAUCUGUUACAAGGUGACUCGCCCACUGGCAUCUUGCAAUGCCUGGCUCAACGCGCUGCUCUAUUUUCUGACAGGGGAUAAGAGCGCCUCCUGCUGUGGACAUGUGAAGCCAUUAGUUCGCAGACACCACCGCAGCGAAUCCCUUUGGUGGCCACUGAAGAUCCUAAAGAAGGAUGGUACAGGAGAGGAUGACGUGGAGGCUGAGAAUGUUGAGAUCCAUGUUGAGAAUGAGUCCAAGUCUUCUCGGGUUGUUUAGCAUAGAGUUCUCAUUACCAAUGUAAAUAU